AUGAAGUCUACUCUAAUGGGUUCUCUCAAAUUCCAGUUCCCUCCAAUGAAAAUCUGCCAAAUUCCCCAGAAACUCCACUUUCAGGCAUCCAUUAUCACUUGCAGCCUGAGAGGAGGGCCAAGGAAACCCUUAUGGAGGUCAAAGAGAUUAUCAACAGAAGCUAUACAAGCAAUCCAAUCUCUGAAGUUGGCCAAAUCAUCCAAUCCCAGAUUGGAAGAGGUUUUUAACAGUAAACUCUCCAGGCUUCUCAAAGCUGACUUGCUAGAUACACUUGAGGUCUUGCAAAACCAAAAUGAAUUGGAUUUGGCUCUCAAGGUCUUCGAGUUUGUGGAAAAGGAAGUAUGGUACAAACCAAAUAUAUCCUUGUAUCAUAGCAUGAUUCAGAUGUUGGGGAAGAACAAAUUUAUUGAAAUGGCUGAAGAAUUCUUUUCGAAACUAGAGAAGGAAGGUUUGAAGCCUGAUACAAGAACAUUUACUGAGAUGAUUGGGGCUUAUCUACGAGUGGAUAUGAUUGAUAAGGCAAUGGAAACAUAUGGCAGAAUGAAGGCUUCAGGUUGUACCCCAGAUAAAUUAACCUUUACAAUUUUGAUUAGGAAUCUUGAGGAUGCUGGAAGAGAAGAGCUUGUAGCUUUUAUAAAGAAAGAAUGUGGUGAAUAUAUGGAUUAUCCUGAGAAAUUCCUUGAAGAAGUUGAGCAGAAAAAACAUGCCAAAAGGCGAACAAUAGAUCUUGUUUGAAGACUUCCAAUUCUUGUGUUGCCAAGAUAUCAUGGUUGAUUGACUGCGAUAGAAUUUAGAAGACCAGGGACUUUGCUAAGCUCUCAGCUUUCAUGAAGCACUUUUUUUAUUUGAACGUCUCAAAGCCAUCUAGCAGAGGAGCACUUGCACAAGAGAGUUGAUGAGGCUGCAAAGAAUUGUUUAACAAAUUGUUUUGCAUUUUGCGUACUCAUGUGGUACAUAAAAUAUGUCAAUAACUGUGUUUCUGUUAUAUAAAAAGGCACUCACUUGAUAAUGUGAUAAUCCAUUGUUCCUAUGGUACUAAAAUAUUUUUGAAA